GCCUUCCUUUCUCUCGGGUUUCAGUGAGCGCUCCAGGUAGCGAGCCGUUCAGUCGAUUUCUCCGCUACCCCGCCUCCCUCCUCCUCUCCCCACCCCUCCGGUCUCCAGCCUGGAGGAGGAUGAGGCGGCCGCAGUGGCCCCAGCCCCAGCAGCGGCACCGGCGGUGGCUGCGGUGGGGGUGGCCGGAACUGGGGUGGUGAAGCAGUGGUGGCCGCGGCCGACGCCUCACCGCUUCCAUCGGGCUUCUCUUCCUCCUUAGUGCAGCCAGGAAGUUUUCCGCUCUUGUGCGAGUGUGUGCGUGAGUGUGGGUGUGCGAGGUGAGGUUGGGGUGGCGUUUGUGCAGGCGUUGAGUCUUUUUGCCCACUUCGCUUCCCGUAAGCCAAGCAGCUCCGGAGCUUUGGGCUGUGGCCCGACGAGGGGGCGCGGCGGCGGGCUCUCUCCUUUUGUUGUUGUUUCCUCCGCCUGGGGAGCGAGAGAGGGAACGCGCCUGGGUGGGGCGGCUCGGAGCCCGGGCCUGGUGGCCCCCGGGGCUCCCGGGCGGGCAGGGAAGGCAGAGCAGAGCGGGCUUCAACAUGAUGGCGGCCGAGGCCGGCAGUGAGGACGGCCCGGUGACUGCCGGAGCUGGAGGCGGCGCGGCGGCAGGCUCCAGUGCUUAUCCGGCCGUGUGUCGGGUGAAGAUACCUGUGGCAGCCGCCCCUUAUCCCGGGCUAGUGGAGGUCGGGGUGACCGGGACUGUGGGUGGCGGAACCGCUUUGGGGACGGGAUUCCUUGGAGCGGGGUCCACACUGACAGGGGGAGGUGCUGCUGCCGGCGUGGCCGGGGCCGCCACGGGACCUGCCGGGGACAUGGCUCUCGCCAAGGGGACCGUCUCGUCGUCUGCGGAGACUCUGGGACCUGGCGGCGGAUUCCCCCCUUUGCCGCCACCCCCUCAGCUGCCUCCUUUGGGCGCGGGCCUGGGGGCCGUGGAUGAAGGUGACUCUCUGGAUGGACCAGAAUACGAGGAGGAAGAGGUGGCCAUACCGCUGACCGCUCCUCCAACUAACCAGUGGUAUCAUGGAAAACUUGAUAGAACUAUAGCAGAAGAACGCCUUAGGCAAGCGGGGAAGUCAGGAAGCUACCUUAUAAGAGAGAGUGAUCGGAGGCCGGGCUCCUUUGUACUUUCAUUUCUUAGCCAGACGAAUGUUGUCAACCAUUUUAGGAUUAUUGCUAUGUGUGGAGAUUACUACAUUGGUGGAAGACGUUUUUCGUCACUGUCAGACCUAAUAGGUUAUUACAGUCAUGUUUCUUGUUUGCUUAAAGGAGAAAAAUUACUUUAUCCAGUUGCACCACCAGAGCCAGUAGAAGAUAGAAGGCGUGUCCGAGCCAUUCUGCCUUAUACAAAAGUACCAGACACAGAUGAAAUAAGUUUCUUAAAAGGAGAUAUGUUCAUUGUUCAUAAUGAAUUAGAAGAUGGAUGGAUGUGGGUUACAAAUCUCAGAACAGAUGAGCAAGGACUUAUUGUUGAAGACCUGGUAGAAGAGGUGGGCCGGGAAGAAGAUCCACAUGAAGGCAAAAUAUGGUUCCAUGGGAAGAUUUCCAAACAAGAAGCUUAUAAUUUAUUAAUGACAGUUGGCCAAGUCUGCAGUUUUCUUGUGAGGCCCUCGGAUAAUACUCCUGGUGAUUAUUCACUUUAUUUCCGAACUAAUGAAAAUAUUCAGCGAUUUAAAAUAUGUCCAACACCAAACAAUCAGUUUAUGAUGGGAGGCCGGUAUUACAACAGCAUUGGGGACAUCAUAGAUCACUACCGAAAAGAACAGAUUGUUGAAGGUUAUUAUCUUAAAGAACCUGUACCAAUGCAGGAUCAAGAACAAGUACUCAAUGAUACAGUAGAUGGCAAGGAAAUCUAUAACACGAUUCGUCGUAAAACAAAGGAUGCUUUUUAUAAAAACAUUGUUAAGAAAGGUUAUCUUCUAAAGAAGGGUAAAGGAAAACGCUGGAAAAAUUUAUAUUUUAUCUUAGAGGGCAGUGAUGCCCAACUUAUUUAUUUUGAAAGUGAAAAACGAGCUACAAAACCAAAAGGAUUAAUAGAUCUCAGUGUAUGUUCUGUGUAUGUUGUUCACGAUAGUCUCUUUGGCAGGCCAAACUGUUUUCAGAUAGUAGUUCAGCACUUUAGUGAAGAACAUUACAUUUUUUACUUUGCGGGAGAAACUCCAGAACAAGCAGAGGAUUGGAUGAAAGGUCUGCAGGCAUUUUGCAACUUACGGAAAAGUAGUCCAGGGACAUCUAAUAAACGGCUUCGUCAGGUCAGCAGCCUUGUUUUACAUAUUGAAGAAGCCCACAAACUCCCAGUAAAACAUUUUACUAAUCCAUAUUGUAACAUCUACCUGAAUAGCGUCCAAGUAGCAAAAACUCAUGCAAGGGAAGGGCAAAACCCAGUAUGGUCAGAAGAGUUUGUAUUUGAUGAUCUUCCUCCUGACAUCAACAGAUUUGAAAUCACUCUUAGUAAUAAAACAAAGAAAAGCAAAGACCCUGAUAUCUUAUUUAUGCGCUGCCAGUUGAGCCGGUUACAGAAGGGACAUGCUACAGAUGAAUGGUUCCUGCUCAGCUCUCAUAUACCAUUAAAAGGUAUUGAACCAGGAUCCCUGCGUGUUCGAGCACGAUAUUCUAUGGAAAAAAUCAUGCCAGAAGAAGAGUACAGUGAAUUUAAAGAGCUUAUACUGCAAAAGGAACUUCAUGUAGUGUAUGCUUUAUCACAUGUAUGUGGACAAGACCGAACACUACUGGCUAGCAUUCUACUGAGGAUUUUUCUUCAUGAAAAGCUUGAAUCGCUGUUAUUAUGUACACUAAAUGACAGAGAAAUAAACAUGGAAGAUGAAGCCACUACCCUAUUUCGAGCCACAACACUUGCAAGCACCUUGAUGGAGCAGUACAUGAAAGCCACUGCUACACAAUUUGUUCACCAUGCUUUGAAAGACUCCAUUUUAAAGAUAAUGGAAAGCAAGCAGUCUUGUGAGUUAAGUCCAUCAAAGUUAGAAAAAAAUGAAGAUGUGAACACUAAUUUAGCACACCUAUUGAACAUACUUUCAGAGCUUGUGGAGAAAAUAUUCAUGGCUUCAGAAAUACUUCCACCGACACUGAGAUAUAUUUAUGGAUGUUUACAGAAAUCUGUUCAGCACAAGUGGCCUACAAAUACCACCAUGAGAACAAGAGUUGUUAGUGGUUUUGUUUUUCUUCGGCUUAUCUGUCCUGCCAUCCUGAAUCCACGAAUGUUUAAUAUCAUCUCAGAUUCUCCAUCUGCUAUUGCUGCAAGAACACUGAUACUAGUGGCUAAAUCUGUACAGAAUUUAGCAAAUCUUGUGGAAUUUGGAGCUAAGGAGCCUUAUAUGGAAGGUGUCAAUCCAUUCAUCAAAAGCAACAAACAUCGUAUGAUUAUGUUUUUAGAUGAACUUGGGAAUGUACCUGAACUUCCGGACACUACAGAACAUUCUAGAACUGACCUGUCCCGUGAUUUAGCAGCACUGCAUGAGAUUUGUGUGGCUCAUUCAGAUGAACUGCGAACACUCAGUAAUGAGCGUGGUGCACAGCAGCACGUACUGAAAAAGCUUCUGGCUAUAACAGAACUGCUUCAACAAAAACAAAACCAAUACACAAAAACUAAUGACGUCAGGUAGCAGCCUUCGCCCUGGAAUUCUGCAUGGAUUCAGCAUGCCCAACAUGGUAAAUUCACAUCAGUAUAUCUCCUUUGCUCUUGCCAAAAAAUAGCACACCUUUCCACAUUCCAGUGAUAUGUGAGCUAUGCAAACAAAACCCAAGAUUUCGCUGGUAAGUAAAUGUGCCAGCAACUUUGUAAGCUAUCUGUGCAGGACAUUUGCACUUUUUUUCCACAUGGAAUCUUUACCAACUCUGAGCCUCGGUGUACAGAUCAUCUUUCACAAACAAUGCUAACUGUAUCUUGAACUUGAAAAUGUAUUUUCAAUACAUCCAAUUGCCAAAGUUCUGCUGUCAUUUGGGAAAAGAACUAUGAGAUCAACUGACAAGAAAAAGCAUUCUCUAUCAACAAGUAUAACUGGAUUGCAGACUGUUCUCACUAUAACUUCUUCCUAUUUAGGAAUAUGACCAUUUGACUGUUCAAUGGCUUUAUUUGUAUUUACAUUUUCCAGAGUUUGCCAUUAUAAUAGGAACAAUCUUUGCUGUAUAUAUACUUUUUAAAAAUACUGUGCUCUUUCUGGAACUGUUGAAAGAAAAUAUACAGAAUGGAUCUAUUGCUCAUCAGCUUUAUUUUUUAAACAUACCACUUAUUUUGUUGGAAUUGUAUUUAAAUCUUAAAAUGCUUUUGUUAAAGUUUACAACAGUAAAUAGUUUGAAUUCAGUAAAUGUUACUGGUCAUUGUACUUAUCACUGCAUGUUACCCUUUACAGAUUACCUAUUUCUGUUACAUAAAAAAAAUAGAUUGCUUUUGUUAAUUCCAAGUUGAUUUUUUGUGUUAUCCCUUUGAUUUAUGCAGACCACCUCAUCAGUCACAUAACUUACCCAUCUUUGAACUUCUGACUACUUGUUAUAUCUGCUGGGUAUUUAGUUUGUACAGUUUUAUUUGCUUCUCUGUGUGCAUUUUUUGUGACGUAUUCACAAGGGUUAAGUUAAAAUAAAACCAAGGGAUAUAUUGCAUAAUUG